UGCGCGGGGACGCGCUCCGAGGGCGCGCUCCGGGCGGCGGCGGCGCGCGGGACCGCCGUGGCGGGAGAAGCUCUUCCGGUGGCGACAGAGGCGGUGCCAAGUUGGUUCUGCGAGCAGCGGCGCGCGGCAGCCCAGGGGGAGCGCCCAAGACGAUGUCUGGAGAACUCCCACUAAACAUUGACAUCAGAGAACCUCGAUGGGAUCAAAGCACUUUUGUUGGACGAGCCAAUCAUUUCUUCACUGUGACUGAUCCCAGGAAUAUCCUAUUAACCAACGAACAACUAGAGAAUGCAAGAAAAAUCGUGCACGAUUACAGACAAGGAAUUGUUCCUCCAGGUCUUACAGAAAAUGAGUUGUGGAGAGCGAAGUACGUGUACGACUCAGCUUUUCACCCCGACACUGGUGAGAAGAUGAUUUUGAUAGGAAGAAUGUCAGCUCAGGUCCCCAUGAACAUGACCAUCACGGGUUGCAUGAUGACAUUUUACAGGACCACGCCGGCGGUGGUGUUCUGGCAGUGGGUUAACCAGUCCUUCAAUGCCGUGGUCAAUUACACCAACAGAAGUGGAGACGCUCCCCUCACUGUCAAUGAACUGGGAACAGCUUAUGUGUCAGCAACAACUGGUGCUGUGGCGACAGCUCUGGGACUCAAUGCACUAACGAAGCACGUCUCGCCGCUCAUAGGCCGUUUUGUUCCCUUUGCUGCCGUAGCCGCUGCUAACUGCAUUAACAUCCCGCUGAUGAGGCAAAGGGAACUCAAAGUUGGCAUUCCUGUCACAGACGAGAACGGGAACCGCUUGGGCGAGUCGGCACAUGCCGCGAGACAAGCCAUCACACAGGUGGUCGUCUCCCGGAUCCUCAUGGCAGCCCCCGGCAUGGCCAUCCCGCCGUUUAUCAUGAACACGUUGGAAAAGAAAGCCUUUCUAAAGCCCACGCCUCUCCCUGCACGUUAACCUGUGGGAUGUACCCUUUCACCAGAGGAGUCUUCUCGGGGACCAGGGUACGCCGCGCACGCGGGCUUCUGGGAUCGCUCUUCUCAUAGCUUGCGUUGACUCUUAACUACGUUGGCUGAUCUCAUUCCAACCAGUUCACAACUUGGUUGCAGCUAUUUCUGUGGCCUUGUUUCUAUAACCAUACAUCUCAUUGCUCUCUAUAUUGUGUAUUCUGGAAACUAAAAAUCUAACUACUUAUUCUGCAAAAGACCAACCAACUCAUUCGUUCCCAUUAAAAAAAAAAUAACAGGCAAAACCGUUUUAUGCCAGUUUUAACUAUACUGACAGUAACUAAAACCAAGGAUGCAAA